AUGAAACCCGAAGAAAGCAUUUCAGAAAUUAGCUCCAAGUUCUCUGAUAUUCUGAAUGGGCUUAAGAGUCUUGGUGAAAGUUUCACGGAUGAGAUGUUGGUGAAGAAAAUCUUGAGAUCUCUCUCGGAUAAAUGGGAAAGUAAAGUCACGGCUAUUAUUGAGGCAAAAGAUCUGAAGAAAUACGGUUUUGAUGAUCUCAUGGGAUCUCUCAUGACACAUGAGAUGGUCAACUCAGAUGAAGAACUAGCUUUGGUGACAAAGAAGUUUCAAAAGAUGUACAGAAAAGGUGAUCAAAGGUACCGGAAGAACAUGAAGAAUUUCAUCAAAGGAAAAACAGAAAACAAUAUGGAGAAUGUUGAAAGGUUGUGCUUUGUUUGCAAUAGGUCGAGUCACUUCAAAGCUAGUUGUCCCAAGCUAAAGAGAACUACCAAAAGUGACAAGCAAAAGAAAGCCAUGGUUGACACAUGGAGCAAAUCAGAAAAAUCCAGUUCAUGUGAUGAGGAUAUUGCUAGUGAAAAGGCAAACCUCUGUUUGAUGGUUCUAGAAAAUGGUGGAUCAAGUGGUCAAGCUAAAUUUGACAAAAAAGAAGCUGAUACAUCUGACAAUAAGGUAAGCACCCAUAAAUCUCAAUAUUAUGAUGAACUUCAAAAUGCUUAUAAUGAUAUGUUUGAGGAAUUCACAAAGGUUUCAAAGAAAUAUGUUAAACUGAAAUCUAAAUAUUCUAAAACUGUUGUUUUUAAAACUAAGUUGAAUGUUCCUCAUACUAAUUUUCUUGAAAAAGAAAAUAAAAUGCAAAAAGACUUUGAUCAGCAAUCUGAGAGAUUGUUGAAAGCUGAAACUAAGAUUUCAUUUCUGAAAAAGAAAUUGGAAACCUCAAAAAGUCUUAGAAUCAUUCUCUUGCAACAAAAUGAUGAUUUGCAAAAGAAGAUUGAUCUUCUUGUCAAGGACCUUUCAAGUUUUACUAAAGGUAAACAUAAUCUUGACAUGCUUUUGGGAAAUCAGCGCCCUUAUGGAGAAACAAGUGGUAUUGGAUUUUCAGGUUUCACAAAACCUAAAAAGCUUAAGGAUCAUGUGACCAAGUUCUGCAGAUUUAAAAAUGGAACCUCUCUAGCUAAACACAUAUGGGUUUGCCUAAAGAGCAAGAAUAAUCAUGAUAAAUGGUUUAUGGACAGCGCUUGCUCUAGGCACAUGACAGGUGAUAAAUCAAAAUUCACCAGUGUUAAGCUAAAAGGUAGAGGAACAAUUAGCUUCAAAGUCAACAGUACACUUGGAUUCUAUUCCUUGCACAUAAUGAUGAAUCAUUUGAGAAGUUUGAGACCUUGUGCAAAAAGCUUUAUAAUAAAAAAGGAUACAAUAUGGUCUCAAUCCGGAGUGAUCAUGGGAAGGAGUUUGAGAAUAAGUGUUUUUGGAGAAUUUUGCAAUGAAUAUGAAAUCUCUCAUAACUUCUCAGCUCCAAGGAUUCCUCAACAAAAUGAAGCUAUUACCUCCUCAAGCUAUAUUCAGAACAGGGCGUUGGUAAGGUCUACCUUGAAGAAAACUCCUUAUGAACUUUGGAGAAACAGAAAACCCAAUGUAAGCUAUUUCAGAAUCUUUGAAUAUAAAUGUUUUGUGCAUAACAAUAACAAAAUUCUAUUGGCUAAAUUGAUGCAAAAUCUGGUGAAGCUAUUUUCAUGGGCUAAUUUGAACAUAACUAACCUAAACUUGUUGAGUAGAGAUAUUGCUGGAGAUGACCUUCUUGCAGAUCAAGCUGAUCAGUCAAUAGAAGAAAUUCAAGGGAAUGAUGAUAAUCUACCAAGAGAAUGGAGAUUCCACAAGCACCACUCUCGGGAGAAUCUUCUCACUAGUCCUUCUAAGAAGAUGAUGACUAGAAGUGUGCUGAAGAAAAUGGUUGAAAAUGUAGCUCAUAUGGCCUAUGAUUCAAAGAUUGAACCCAAGGACUAUGAGGAUGCACUGAAAGAUAAAAAUUGGCUUCUGGAAAUGCAAAAGGAACUCAAUCAGUUUGAGAAGAAUGAAGUUUGGCUUGAAUCAAUUAGAAUUCUUUUUGCCUAUGCAAGUUAUAUGAACUUCAAGCUGCAGCAAAUGGAUGUCAAAAGUUUCUUUCUGAAUGAGCAUCUGAAUGAGGAAGUCUAUGUGGAAUAG